AUGCCUCCGGCGAUGCUGGACGAACAGUUCGACCGGGUCAAAUAUUGGAUCGUCGACAAGCUGCCCGCCCAGAAGCACGCGGCCUCCUGCGCGUGCAACCCGCUGCACAUCCAUCGUUUAAAGCUCCGCGUCAGCGGAGUUAAUGCUCAGGUGGCAGAGCAGUGCUUCUCCUGGUUUCGUGGCUACUCGCGGAUCUUCAACGAAAUGUCGCCGUGCCGCCACCGCUUCUUGGCCCCGUGUUUCGUCGCUGAGCACAACUCCAUGUCGUCUGCUGGCGACGCUGACCACCCGGGGCACCUGGCGGCAAUAUGUAGCAAGAUGCAUAGGAAGCCCAGCGGGCGCCGCCCGUGCGCUUGA